CUGCUAGUACUGUGUCUCGUCUCUGGCAAACCAGAUUAUGUGGAGAGAAAAAGUUUGGCUGGUGGUGGAAGGGAGUGGGAGGGUUUUCCUUUGAAGUAAGAGCCAACAUAGAGUUGGGUAUGACUGGACUUUGCAUUUAUGGACUUGCACAUUUGUGUAUUCAUGUGUGCCAUGGCUGAGUCUGGUCCAGGUGGCAUGUGGGGUCACAGCUCUGAAGAGAAGUCCACACGUGCAGAACACCUGAAAAGGGUCUCUGAACAAAUUGGAAGGCUAUUAAAUGUUUAUGUGUUUUUUGUGACUUCACAGCUUUUCAUUAAAAAAUAUUCAAGGGGAAAGAUCAACUUUACUAUUUCUUGUAUUGCAGCAAUUAGUUUUCAAGUACUCUUGGACUAUGCACAUUAAAAAUUCUGAUGCUUUUCCUUGAGUUAUUUUAAUGCUGAUCGCAUAUCUGGAGUCUGGAGUUGUGGCUUAAUUUCAUUUAUGUGUUGAACUGAGGGAGCUUUAGUGUUGCUAGUGCCCAGGGUCAGCAGUGUGUGUACCCUGUCUUCUUACAAUAGCUAAUGAAAGCAGUUGUUAUAGCAAUGGUUCUUCUCAUAUAAAUACUGUAUAACCAAAGUCACACUGAUACUUCCUAAUCUUAUGUAGGAUUCUCAACAGGGUAAUAAUUUGAUUACAAAACCGAUAUUAGCAUAGCUUGAAUUUGGGAUACCUCAAAACUAGAAAAGGUGUGCAGAAUAUUACAUCUAAGUUGUGAUUAGUAGUGCUUAUAGGACUCUUAAGAAAAUAAAUGCUGUAUUCUCACAGAAGGACAUAGAUCACUGGUGAAAGCUGCUUAUCUGCAAAUCAAGAGAAUUACUGAAACUGAUAAAGUAGUUUGGUUUACAGAAAUGGCUAUGCUUUCAGAAGAUGCAAUGCACUAGAUGUUGUGCUUGGAACAAGAUUAGUCAUGGCAUCAGAACUAUGUAAAACAAUCUCUGAAGCAAAACUGGAAAGGCACAAGAACUUGUUCUUAAAUUACCGAAAUCUCCAUCACUUUCCUUUGGAGUUACUGAAAGAUGAGGGGCUGCAGUACUUGGAGAGACUUUAUAUGAAAAGAAAUUCCCUGACCACAUUGCCAGAAAACCUUGCACAGAAGCUUCCAAACCUCGUGGAAUUGUACCUUCAUUCAAAUAACAUAGUUGUUGUACCUGAAGCCAUUGGCUCCCUCGUUAAACUGCAGUUUCUGGACCUAAGCGAUAAUGCCCUCGAAAUUGUGUGUCCAGAGAUUGGCCGCCUGAGAUCUUUACGUCAUCUUCGUUUGGCUAACAACCAGCUGAAAUAUUUACCUGCAGAGGUUGGAGACCUGAGGGAGCUGCAAACGCUGGACAUUUCAACCAACCGUUUGAUAACGUUACCUGAAAGGCUGCACAUGUGCCUUUCGCUGCAGUACCUGACUGCAGACCGAAACCACCUGUGGUAUGUUCCCCGCCACCUCUGCCAACUACCAAGCCUCAACGAGCUCUCCAUGGCUGGGAACCGCCUCGCGUUUUUGCCACUCGAUUUAGGUCGUUCUCGGGAGCUACAAUAUGUUUAUGUGGAUAACAAUAUUCAUCUGAAAGGCCUCCCGUCUUAUCUGUAUAAUAAAGUCAUUGGGUGCAGUGGUUGUGGUUCUCCAAUCCAAGUUUCAGAGGUGAAAUUGCUCUCUUUUUCAUCGGGCCAGUUAACUGUGUUCCUGCCAGCAGAGGUGAAAUCCAUCGGGACGGAAACAGAUCGCGUGCUGCCUUUGCAAGAACUGGCCAUGAGGACCCUCUAUAACACCUACUGCAGGUUUUUAAAAGAUUUGAACUUUCUGACUCCAAUCUCACUACCCAAAAGCCUCUUGGAAUUGCUGCACUGUCCCUUGGGACACUGCCACCGCUGCAGCCAGCCCAUGUUUACCAUUGUCUACCCAAAGCUCUUUCCCUUGAGGGAAACUCCAAUGGCAGGAUUGCAUCAAGGGAGGACAACUGUUAGUUUUGUGGCAUACUGCUGCUCCACCCAGUGUCUGCAGACUUUUGACCUACUGAGUUGAUAAACAUGUAAAUCUACUCAGGAGUGCUGCCAGUUUAAAGCUGCAUUAGACGUCGUAUCCCAUUGGUACUGGAAUUCUGUGUGUGCGCGUGUGCCAAGGCAGAAGUGCCCAGUCGGGAACAGUAAGAGGCACUUAAAUCCUGCCCUAUCAGGUUUGGAUGAACUGGAGAAACUUUUCGGAAGUGUAAAUACCGAGCCUUUAAAAGUAUUAACUUCUCUCUCCUCCAAGACAGCGUACAAACCAAACAAAUUCACAAGCUCUGACUUCAGGAUUUCCAGUAUUUUUCAAAUGCGGCUGUCUUCACGUUGACCCAUUGCAUCACUUGAGGCUGUUUUCGUUCUUUUAACGGGGGAAAAGAAAAAGUCCACUUAUGACAAACCGGUUUUCAUUUGUUUCCCCUCAUACUUAUCACCCCUACAGCAGGAUUCAGGUGUAUAGAUCUGAGCCUACAGAAACAUUUGAUGGAUCCCAGUGACUUUCCCAUAGAAUUUAGCUUUAUUUUCUCCCUCACAUCUGAGUAUUUUCCCCAGUGGAGUUAUCCCAGUUGUAUACCAGGUCUUUGACAGUUAACUGUGCUUUAAAUCCACAUAUUAAAAGCAGAUCUUUCUUUCUGGUGUCAUUAGAAGCACCACAGAUUUAUUUGGAGUAACUAAGUUAUGAGUGGAGACUAAGGAUUCUGUUUUGGUAGGGGAGGCCGGUACUGCUGCCUGCACUGAGUGCUCUCGCUCCAGCAUGUUUGAGGGUGUGCUAUCUUUAUUUCAUUGAGUUUUUGAUUUUUAAAAACACUUCCCCUUUUGCUUCUUUCAGUUCUUCAGGAAGAAAAUGAAUUUAAGGACAAAUUUCACUUGGGGGAAAAAAAAGCUAGGAAUAUGAUAGUUAUAUUUAUCUAUAUUUAUUAUAUUUUUACAAUUGCAGACUGUCGAUCUGCAGAGAGUUGGUUUCCACCUUUUUCUAUAUUCAGCAUUUGGCUGACUUGUGAUAGUGUGUCAGUGGAGUGUGUUAACCUCAGAGACGGCUGGAAAUCUGGGGUGGGGAGGUAUGUGCAUCUCCAUGCAUAGGUAAAUAUGCAUAUAUUGUUAUCUUCACAAAGGGCUGUAAGAUUUGUUUUCAUAUAUUAAUGGCAGGUGUAGCGCAAAUGUCCACUGUCGUAUUUUUGGGAGUCCUUUUUUGUUAGAUCUUGUUCAUUUUAAAUAAAGGACAAUGGGUGGGAAGAAAAGGGCCCAAAAUGUCUGCAUGACUUAAAAUUUCAAUUUUACCCUGAAACAAUUUAUACAAAAUUAUCCCCUCUUGACUUGUUUUGGAAUAUACCAUGUUUAAAAUACAAUGCAUUCUUUUCUUUUUUACUUUCUGUUUCUUAGAUAUAAACAACUUGUUGAUUUGGCACAGUAUGCUGCUCUGUGCAGUAGGUACUUAAAAGCUGAAAUAGGAAUGAAUGAAUCAGUUUGUUAUAAAAAUGGCAAGAUAAAGAGACUUAUUUGGUAGUGCAUUAGCAUAUGUUGUGGUGAGGUGUACAUACUUGGAAGGGAGGAGGCACUAAAACAUUUUCCUUUUGCAAAGAAGCAUUUGUCCCUGCUGCAGGCUUCCUGGCAUCUCUUCAAUAAAUAGAGUAUCUUAAGAGCUUAAGAGAGGUCCAAAAAGGCAGGUUUGAGAGCAGAAUUUUUAGGUUGUGCAUGUUACUUGUAAAAGCUUUGCUGGUUUUAUUGGGUUGGUUUUAGAGAGUUGAAUUAGCAUUAAGAAAUGUAAAACUAAUUGUUCAGGAAUGCAAGUAUCAUCCACUGUUUAAGAGUUGUGAAACUUUCUCAAAUAAAUCCCAUUUAUUAAAUCCGCCUUGCAGUAGGGGAAAGAGCCAUGUCCGAGCAGACUUGGGACUAUUGGAUUUCUGACUCUGUCAUUCCACGGAUUGGUUUCCAUAUUGAUAUCCCCACCAGGCCUUCCCACCCAGCGGGAUUUACCACUGAAGCUUCAGCUUUUUGCUUUUUGUUUGGUACUACACAGCUGAGAUGUAAAUCGCCCAUGUACACUUAUACCUGUUUCAGAAAUGUACAACCGUACUACAGAAUCCAUUUUUUUAAUGGAUAAGGCAACUAUGAUAGUGUUACAAAUAGUAUUUUUUGAUACAAUACUCUGAUCAGGAGUUUUCAGUAUUAUUUUUGCUGUGGCUUCCUCUGUUGUCUUUGAAGGAGAUGUUUUGUUGAAAGUUUUUGUCCUUUCUUUUAGCAACUUACAGACUUCGAAGCACAGAUUAUUUCUAAAUUCAAUCUAUAAAGGUUAUUUUGGAGCUAAAUCUCUUGAUCAGCUAAGAGGCAUUGACAUUUGUUUUGUUAGGAAUCAGAUGGUAAGAAUGGAGCUUGAUCUUUUUAAUUAGUACUAUUUAAGUUUUAUUUUCUUUUUUUCAUCCUAUAAUUGAAUUAUUUUUUUAUUGAGUUCAUACCAGUCUCUUUAUUAUUGUCUACAAGUGCAGUUCAGAAAUUUAGUCUGUUCUAUAAGCAGGAUGAACCUUAACUAACAUUUUAAUAGAUGAUAUUUCAAGAAUGGAAUGUUUAAUGAAUAAGUGACUUAAAUACGCAAUGAAGCUGAAAUGUCAUACGCUAUUUUUAUAAAACAAGGAAGAGGAAAGCCAAUAUAUAGACUGAAAAUGCAGCUUAAAUUCAUGUUUCGAUGAUUUUUUUUUUAAUAGAAACAGUGUUUGUAUUCAUCUUUAUCUUUGGUUGAUAUUGUUCUAUUAUAGAUUAAAAUAAAUCCAUACUCACUUGUCCAGAUUUUUCUGAAGUUGUUCUACUGUAAGAGUAUUUCGUAGGUAGCUGACGUGAUGAGAGCCAGCUCUGCAGGCUGCAGAGGAGAGAGGGAGCUUCUUGCUGAUUGAACUGUGCAUCACUUGUUUUUCACUACGAGGUGUUGCGAUACUUGGACUUCUCUUUAACGCGUAUAUUUCUAGGUGAUUUUUGAUUGCCUGCUCUUGUUCAUCAGGUUAGUUCACACUGAGUUAAAAUUUUCCUUGUACUGCAAAAGAGUCUGGUUCCAGCAGUUGAAAAAAAUUACCAUUUUAAAAGGGGUUUUGAUCGUAAAAAGAGAUCUUAACUCUUUGCUUUUUCUAGGUGGUAUAAAGAGAGAGGUACAGGAGAGAAAUGAGGGAAACUAAGUCUCCAAUCCAUUGAUAUAAUUUUUUUCUGAGUAAAUAUCAACUUCUGAUGCAAUUAGGGAGCACAGCAUAACUUUUGUUUAUGUUGUGAUAAAAUUGGGACCCUGCUGCUUAUAGAAAUAGCUUUUUGUUCUGCCACAAAGGAACCAGAGGAAUCUCUGGCUUUGUUUAAAAAUCCUGCGCGAGAGGUUUUACCACGGCCACUGUUAGGUUUGGAACACUUCUUGGGAGCCUUCCUGUGACUCCCCGGGAGGAUCAGAAGUACAAAUGUCCUUUCCUGUGUGAAGAACAAGGUCUAAUAUCAAGAAGUUCAUAUUGUUCUAGUUUGGCCUGAUCGUUCUCUUGGGCUCUUACUGAAGUUCAUGACAAACCUUCUGUUUACUUCGUUGUGGUGAGGUUAAGAUCUUUCACUGAGCAGAGCGGAGCUGUUCAUUGCCAAGUUGGCUUCAAUUCUUAUAUAUCGAAUUCUGCUGAAUCCCUUUUUCUGGCACGAAGGGAGGAUGAGACUGUGGUGACAUCCGUGUGGCGGCAGCGUGUCAGGUUCUACUGACGUCCCGGCCGAGCUGACAACCGGAGGAUGACAAACCUUUCACCAGAGAGGAUGACUUUUCUGUGGAGGCCACUGCAGCCCCAUCAGAGCACCACUGAUAGCAGAAGAACUUUGGCUUGAUGUCAGUGGAGGUUGGAUCAAGUUUUAACUGAUGAGAGAGAAGAAUGUGUUUUACCCUUUUUGUAUUUCUUGCAAAAACUGGAACAAUGAUGUUGAAGUCCAUGCCUGCUGCUAGGCAGCCUUUGUAUCUGCAGCUGAAUUUACGUAAUUCCAAGAUGUAACUAUCUUGGCCUCUUACCUCCCUCUUAAUACUACUCACGUUGUUGCAAAAUGUUGUAGUUAAUUUGAGAUGGAAGAGGCUGAGUAAAUUGAAUCCAGAGUUUUUAUUACUUUUUGUAUUACAGACCUAUUUUGUAAGAGACCAAAGGUCUGGUGGCAAGAAAUAGCAAGGUUCAUGUGAAGUCUUCAUUACUUUUGCUUUUAUGUGCCCUUCUUUGGAUUACAACUUGAACUUGGAUUGCAACUAAGUUUGUUCUAUGUCUGUUGAAAACAAACAUGUAUUGCUUUUUUGCUCUGUAUUAACCAAAUGUCACUUGGUGUGAAGGUGAGCUUGCUAGAUGUUUUAUUUAAAGUUAGUGGUGCAAUUUAUUGUAUGUGCUUGUUAAUAAACUAUAUUUUUUGAUAGAA